CGGUCAAGCCAAGCGGACGUGCUGAAAAUGGCGCCACUUGUAUAAAGAAAAAAUUGUUUAAUCCACGCGCAUCGGUAUUAAAAUGUGUUAAAUAAUUGAAGAUAUCAACUAAAGUGCAUAUUAAAGUUGGCUUAAGCACAGCCUCGACAUGUAUUUGUAUAAUUUAACUCUGCAAAAGGCCACCGGUGUCACCCAUGCGGUGCACGGUAACUUUUCGGGUGGAAAGCAGCAAGAAGUGCUGUUGUCACGUGGCAAAUCGCUGGAGUUGCUGCGUCCCGAUCCGAACACCGGAAAAGUCCACACGCUUAUGUCUACUGAAAUAUUUGGAUGCGUUCGUGCGCUGAUGGCCUUUCGCUUGACAGGCGCUGCAAAAGAUUACAUUGUGGUGGGCUCGGACUCUGGCCGCAUUGUCAUACUGGAAUAUAAUCCUGGCAAGAAUUCGCUGGAUAAAGUGCAUCAGGAGACUUUUGGCAAGUCUGGCUGUCGCCGCAUUGUGCCGGGUCAGUACUUUGCCAUUGAUCCCAAAGGACGCGCUGUUAUGAUUGGUGCAGUAGAAAAACAGAAACUCGCCUACAUCAUGAACCGUGACACACAGGCGCGAUUGACUAUAUCAUCGCCACUGGAGGCGCACAAGUCGAAUACCCUAACCUAUCACAUGGUAGGCGUGGAUGUGGGCUUUGAUAAUCCCAUGUUUGCUUGCUUGGAAAUUGACUACGAGGAGGCUGACAUGGAUCCAACAGGUGAUGCAGCUCAGCGCACGCAGCAAACGCUCACUUUUUAUGAGCUGGACUUGGGCUUGAAUCAUGUGGUACGCAAGUACUCUGAACCACUGGAAGAGCAUGCCAAUUUCUUAGUUUCUGUGCCCGGUGGUAAUGAUGGACCAUCGGGUGUGCUUAUUUGCUCGGAGAACUACCUAACCUAUAAGAAUCUGGGUGAUCAGCAUGACAUACGUUGUCCCAUACCACGUCGCCGUAACGAUCUCGAUGAUCCAGAGCGUGGCAUGAUCUUUAUCUGCUCGGCUACGCAUCGCACCAAGAGCAUGUACUUCUUUUUGCUGCAAACCGAGCAAGGCGACAUCUUCAAGAUCACGCUGGAAACGGAUGACGAUGUGGUAUCUGAAAUAAAGCUCAAGUACUUUGAUACUGUACCGCCAGCCACAGCCAUGUGUGUGCUCAAGACCGGCUUUCUCUUUGUGGCCAGCGAGUUUGGUAACCACUAUUUAUACCAAAUUGCACAUUUGGGCGAUGAUGAUGAUGAGCCAGAGUUUAGCUCCGCCAUGCCAUUGGAGGAGGGCGAAACCUUCUUCUUUGCGCCUCGUACACUAAAGAAUCUCGUGCUGGUGGAUGAGCUGCCCUCGUUUGCGCCAAUUAUCACCUCGCAAGUCGCUGAUUUGGCCAAUGAAGACACACCUCAGCUUUAUGUGCUAUGCGGUCGUGGACCACGCUCGACACUACGCGUAUUGCGACAUGGUCUGGAAGUAUCUGAGAUGGCCGUAUCAGAGUUGCCCGGUAAUCCAAAUGCCGUAUGGACUGUCAAGAAACGUAUUGAUGACGAAUUCGAUGCGUACAUCAUAGUGUCCUUCGUGAACGCCACGUUGGUGCUCAGCAUUGGUGAAACGGUUGAGGAAGUAACAGACAGUGGCUUUCUGGGCACUACUCCCACACUUUGCUGUGCCGCUCUUGGCGAUGAUGCCUUGGUGCAGGUGUAUCCAGAUGGUAUACGUCAUAUACGCUCCGAUAAGCGCGUGAACGAAUGGAAAGCGCCAGGAAAGAAGUCUAUAACCAAGUGUGCGGUUAAUCAACGCCAAGUGGUCAUCACUCUUUCUGGCCGUGAAUUGGUCUACUUUGAAAUGGAUCCGACUGGUGAGCUUAAUGAGUACACAGAACGCUCGGAAAUGCCUGCGGAGAUUAUGUGCAUGGCUCUGGGUACAGUGCCUGAAGGUGAACAACGCUCUUGGUUCUUGGCUGUUGGAUUGGCGGACAACACAGUGCGCAUUCUUUCGCUGGAUCCCAACAAUUGUUUGUCGCCUUGCUCAAUGCAGGCGCUUCCUUCGCCUGCCGAAUCGCUUUGUUUGGUGGAAAUGGGACACACGGAGAGCAGCACUGCUCCAGCUAACACAGAUGAAGACGCACCACCUCAACGUAGUGCUGGCAACAAGGGCACCAUUUAUCUCAACAUAGGUCUGAGCAAUGGCGUCUUAUUGCGUACUGUGCUGGAUCCCGUAUCGGGUGAUUUAGCGGACACACGUACACGCUAUUUGGGCUCACGUCCAGUGAAGCUCUUCCGCAUCAAGAUGCAGGAUGCCGAAGCAGUUUUGGCCAUGUCCAGCCGCACCUGGCUAUCGUACUAUCAUCAGAAUCGUUUCCAUUUGACGCCGCUGUCCUAUGAGACGUUGGAGUAUGCCUCUGGAUUCUCUAGCGAGCAAUGUAGUGAGGGCAUUGUUGCCAUUUCGACAAAUACGCUGCGAAUUUUGGCUCUGGAGAAAUUGGGUGCCGUGUUCAAUCAGGUGGCAUUCCCGCUGGAGUACACGCCACGCACCUUUGCCAUUCAUCCCGAUACUGGGCGUAUGUUGAUUGCAGAGACGGAUCACAAUGCCUACACAGAUGAUACAAAAACUGCACGCAAGGAGCAAAUGGCUGAUGAAAUGCGCUGUGCAGCCGGCGACGAGGAGCGUGAGCUCGCCAUAGAGAUGGCCAAUGCGUUUAUCAAUGAAGUUCUGCCCGAGGAUGUGUUCUCCGCACCAAAGGCAGGACUGGGCUUAUGGGCCUCUCACAUUCGCUGCCUGGAUGCGAUGCAUGGACAAACGAUGUAUACGGUGCCGUUGAAGCAAAACGAGGCCAUCAUGUCAAUGGCGCUCGUGAAGUUCUCCAUAGCAGCAGAUGGACGUUAUUAUCUGGUAGUGGGCAUAGCCAAGGAUCUGCAGCUGAAUCCUCGCAUCUCGCAGGGCGGCUGCAUUGAUGUCUACAAAGUGGAUCCCACCUGCUCCAGCCUAGAGUUUAUGCAUCGUACAGAGUGUGAAGAGAUUCCUGGCGCAUUGUGUGGCUUCCAGGGUCGCCUUCUUGCAGGAUGUGGGCGCAUGCUGCGCAUCUAUGAUCUCGGCAAGAAAAAGAUGCUGCGCAAGUGUGAGAAUAAACACAUUCCCUACCAGAUUGUCAACAUCCAAGCGAUGGGCCAUCGCGUCUAUGUGUCUGAUGUGCAGGAGUCAGUCUUCUUUAUACGCUAUCGUCGCGCCGAGAAUCAGUUAAUUAUCUUUGCCGAUGACACGCAUCCACGCUGGGUGACAGCCACAACAUUGCUGGAUUAUGACACGAUUGCCAUUGCGGACAAGUUUGGUAAUUUGAGCAUACAACGCCUACCUCAUUCGGUCACGGAUGACGUGGAUGAAGAUCCAACGGGCACCAAAGCGUUAUGGGAUCGAGGUCUGCUAUCCGGCGCCUCGCAAAAGUCGGAGAACAUUUGCUCUUUCCACGUGGGCGAGAUUAUCAUGUCUCUGCAAAAGGCUACACUUAUACCCGGUGGCUCCGAGGCACUCAUAUAUUCUACACUGAGCGGAACUGUGGGUGCCUUUGUGCCGUUUACAAGUCGCGAGGACUAUGACUUUUUCCAACAUCUGGAGAUGCAUAUGCGUAACGAGAACCCGCCGUUGUGUGGACGGGAUCAUCUUAGCUAUCGCAGCUCCUACUAUCCGGUCAAGAAUGUGCUGGAUGGUGAUCUCUGCGAGCAGUACUUGUCCAUUGAUGCAGCUAAGCAGAAGAGCAUUGCCAAUGACAUGUUCCGCACUCCUAACCAGAUCUGCAAAAAGCUCGAGGACAUACGCACACGCUAUGCCUUCUAAAAAGCUUUGAGGGUUUCAAUCGUAUCUAGUGGAUUAUUUCUCAGGCGUAUUAUAAUUUAAAAGAUAUUUUUAUGUCAACUUGCAGUACAAUUGGAUCCACAGCAGUUUAAUAGACGCACUUGUGUUUCCUUUUGUGAAAAGAAAGUAACAAUAAAAUAUUGAGACGCGCUAUUUACUUUUGUGUCCACUCUAGGACUGCAACUGAAUUAAUUAUUAAAUUAGAUUGUAAACAAUAUUAAUCAUACAAAUUAUACACAACCACUAAAAAUGACUGCCUAUUUAUGUCUAGAUUUAAUUGAAGCGCAAAUUGAACGAUUUACGCAAACAACAUUUUAUUAUGAUUUAAAAACAUAAGAUUUUAAAUAAAAAUAAUGAAUAUGUAAA